GGAAUAUUAAAAAAAAAACAUUUCUACACUCGUCAAUAUUCAAGAAUUGCAUUCUAUUUUCUUUUCUAUCCAGUGAUUAAAUAAUAUCUAUUUCUGAAGUAAAAAUAACUAAUUCUUAUAACGUGUUAAGGUAAAUUUAAACAAUAAUUCAUCAUUAAAUUCUAUGUAGUACUCAUUCCUUUACAUUUUGAGAAAUGGCUGCACAACUUUUCAACCGCAUUGGGCAAGUUGGCCUGGGAGUAGCACUAGUUGGUGGUGUUGUAAAUUCUGCUCUGUACAAUGUUGAUGGUGGUCACAGAGCUGUAAUAUUUGACAGAUUUGCUGGUGUCAAAAAUUUGGUAGUUGGUGAAGGCACUCACUUCUUUGUCCCAUGGGUGCAGAAACCUAUAAUUUUUGAUAUUAGAUCCAGACCAAGAAAUGUGCCUACUGUUACUGGAAGCAAAGAUCUACAAAAUGUGAAUAUCACCCUUCGUAUCCUAUUCAGACCAGUGCCAGAUCAGCUACCAAAAAUUUAUACCAUUCUUGGUAUAGACUAUGAUGAAAGAGUACUACCAUCUAUUACAUCUGAAGUCCUCAAAGCAGUUGUUGCACAGUUUGAUGCUGGAGAACUUAUUACACAGAGAGAGGUAGUAUCACAAAAGGUCAAUGAGAGCUUAACCGAAAGAGCAGGGCAGUUUGGUUUGAUUCUGGAUGACAUUUCUAUCACACAUCUAACUUUUGGCAAGGAGUUCACUCAGGCAGUAGAACUCAAACAAGUAGCACAACAGGAAGCUGAAAAAGCGAGAUUCCUAGUAGAAAAGGCAGAACAACAAAAAAAGGCUGCCGUCAUUGCGGCAGAGGGUGACGCACAAGCAGCCGUGCUUUUAGCAAAGUCUUUCGGAAACGCUGGCGAAGGUCUUGUAGAACUCCGACGUAUCGAAGCCGCAGAAGACAUUGCAUACCAACUAUCAAAAUCACGUAAUGUUACUUACUUACCUCAAGGACAAAAUGUUUUGUUGAAUCUUCCUACGCAAAAUUAAAGGGAUAAUUAUAUUUAUAACAAUGUAUAUUAAGGUUCAUUGUGGUGGAUUCUGUACAACUGCAUUUGUAUUUUAUUUACGCAUAAUGUUUAUUAUUAAAUAGUGUAAUAAGUUUAUAAAGACUCCACCUAUAAAAAGGAUAGUGUUGAAUUAGUUGUAUAUUAAAAAUAUAGUACCUACAUAAAAUUUUGUUGGAAUUA